AUGUCCCGACUUACCAAGAGAGUGUGGUCAAACAACAAGUUGUCCGAACACACAAAGAUCCAGGUCUACAGAGCCUGCGUCGUAAGCACACUCCUGUACGGCAGCGAGUCGUGGACCCUUCGAGCUCGCCAAGAACGAAAACUCAACUCGCUCCACAUGCGCUGCCUGCGACGCAUCCUGAACAUUACCUGGCAGGAUAAAAUCACAAACAACACUGUCCUGGAGAGAGCUGGGAUGACCAGCAUGUUCACUUUGCUCAAGCAGAGACGCAUGCGCUGGCUUGGCCAUGUUGUCCGCAUGGACGAUGGUCGGAUCCCCAAAGACCUCUUUUAUGGAGAGCUGACGGAGGGGACACGCCCAACUGGCAGGCCAAAACUGCGAUACAAGGACGUAUGCAAGAGGGACCUGAAAGCCCUACACAUCAACACCGACUCAUGGGAAGCAACAGCCUCAGAGCGAUCCGCCUGGCGGCAAGCAAUUCAACAAGGCCUCCAUGUGUUUGAGGAGACACUCGCCCAGCAGUCUGAGGCAAAGAGACAAAGAAGAAAGGCCCAAAACCCGGCAGACCAACCAGCCUCUAUCUUCACCUGUGAUCAGUGUGGGAGGGAUUGCCACUCUCGUAUUGGCCUGUCCAGCCACACCCGACGCUGUACCUGA